AUAAAAGAAGAUGCUUUGGCUUUGAGAAAGUGAGAGGUGGUGUGAGUCUGAGAAGAGAUGGGUGGUGUUGCUUGGACAGAAGAAGAAGAUUACCUGCUCAAGAAAUGCAUACAGCAAUACGGAGAAGGAAAGUGGCAUCGCAUUCCUCUAUUGGCUGGUCUAAACAGGUGCCGAAAGAGUUGCAGGUUAAGAUGGCUGAAUUAUCUUCGUCCAAACAUCAAGAGAGGAAAUUUUACUGAUGAAGAAGUUGAAAUGAUUGUCAAACUCCACAAAUUAUUAGGCAACAGGUGGUCACUGAUUGCUGGAAGGCUACCAGGAAGGACUGCUAAUGAUGUGAAAAACUAUUGGAACUGUCAUCUGAGUAAAAAACUAAAUGCUCAAGAAGCUGAAGAUCACAGAGAACUAACAAAAGAUGUUCAAGUCAUUAGACCCCAGCCUAGAAACAUAGGUUCAAGCUCAAUGAAGAGGAUGAGCCAGAGUGAGUCUCCAACUGACCAAGGAGUUCAACAAGAGAAUAUUGGCGUGACAUUUGAUGCUGGAGGGCAGAGUCAUAAUCCUGAAUCACAACAAGAGAGCAUGUAUCCAGGCUUGAACCAACAGGGCAUGGUUGGUUGUGAGUUUCCAAUGGACUUUCAAUUAGAAGGAUUUGAAACAAUGGCAAGUGGAGAGGGUAGUAGCAGCCAGUGGAAUUGGGAUGAUUUGUUCUUGGACAUGGAUCCUUAUAACGAAUUUUCUUCUUAGAUUAUGAUCCUGCUACGGUAGAGAAAGCCUAGGUGUUGUACCUGGCUGUGUAUCAAUGUUAAGGUUAAAAUGUUUUGAGGAAAAUGGUGGCCACAUUGAUGUAUUUUCACUCGAAUGGAACAUCAUGCCUUUCUCUCAAAUCAGACCAUUGCUUUAAAUAAAUUUAGCUCUAACUAUUGUCGUGUGUGUUGGCUAAGAAAGCAACACAAUGAUUCUCUAAACAAACAAUUACUCGAAGAAGUGACUCUCUUAC